AUGGAAGGAACUUUUGGUCGUUCUUCUCUUGGAUUGUGUAGGCGUGCCACCACCAAGCCACUGAUUGGCUUAAAUGGGAAAAGUUGGAUUCUUGUGUUCGCACUUCUGACUUCUAACCAUCCAAUUGAUCAGCUAAGCAAGGAACCUCAUCUUGGCCUAGGUUCUUUCAAUUCCUUGGGGUCAAGGAUGGUUAGGUUUCGUAUGGAUAUUUUAGCAUUUUUAGAGAUUUAA